GUGACUGCGAAGGGCGCCCGGCAGGCCUUGGCAGCAGGGACGUGUGCGUCUCAGCUCCGCAAGGAUCCGGGGUAAACCUGCGGAAGAUGAGGCUUGCAAAGUGAGCCUGGCAUCUCGGCUGAACAGGGGCGAAUGCUGGUGUGCGAGCGACUGAUUUCCUCCUCCUCCUCCUCAGCAUCCCUGCUGGCAAAACAGCCAAUUCCCCGCUCGUCAGCAGUGCGCCAGCAUGCCUGCACUGCACUAGCCCUCUCAUGGGGAAAAGGCACCUUCGACGGCGCCAGGGGCUCAGUUGCUCCUUUCCCCUGAUGAACACAGGCAGCUUGUGUUGCUGUCUUGAAGGACCUUGAGAUACCUGUGCCUUGAGCUGAAAAGACGUGCUGCUAGCUGGAGACCACGAUGACGGACUCGAAGUACUUCACCACCACAAAGAAAGGAGAGAUAUUUGAGCUGAAGGCAGAAUUAAACAGCGACAAGAAGGAGAAGAAGAAAGAGGCUGUGAAGAAGGUGAUAGCGUCGAUGACUGUUGGCAAAGAUGUCAGUGCUCUCUUCCCGGAUGUGGUGAACUGCAUGCAGACGGACAACCUAGAGCUGAAGAAGCUGGUCUACCUGUACCUGAUGAACUAUGCCAAAAGCCAGCCAGAUAUGGCUAUCAUGGCAGUCAACACGUUUGUAAAGGACUGCGAAGAUCCAAACCCUCUGAUCCGGGCUCUGGCUGUGCGGACAAUGGGCUGCAUCCGGGUGGACAAGAUAACGGAGUAUCUCUGUGAGCCCCUGCGGAAGUGUCUGAAAGACGAGGACCCUUACGUGCGCAAGACGGCAGCCGUCUGUGUGGCAAAGCUCCAUGACAUCAAUGCCCAGCUGGUGGAGGACCAAGGUUUCCUAGAUACCCUUAAGGACCUCAUCUCGGACUCCAACCCCAUGGUAGUGGCCAAUGCAGUUGCGGCACUCUCGGAAAUAGCAGAGUCUCACCCAAGCAGUAACCUCCUGGACCUCAACCCCCAGUCCAUUAACAAGCUGCUCACAGCCUUGAAUGAAUGCACCGAGUGGGGCCAGAUCUUCAUCCUGGACUGUCUGGCAAACUACAUGCCCAAGGAUGACCGGGAAGCCCAGAGCAUUUGUGAGCGGGUGACACCUCGGCUGUCCCACGCCAACUCUGCAGUGGUACUCUCGGCGGUGAAGGUGCUGAUGAAGUUCAUGGAGAUGCUGUCGAAGGACCUGGAUUAUUAUGGCACACUGCUGAAGAAACUGGCCCCACCGCUGGUCACCCUGCUCUCUGCAGAGCCAGAGCUGCAGUACGUGGCUCUCCGUAACAUCAACCUCAUCGUGCAGAAGAGGCCUGAAAUCCUGAAGCAUGAGAUGAAGGUGUUCUUUGUGAAGUACAACGACCCCAUCUAUGUUAAACUGGAGAAACUGGACAUCAUGAUCCGCUUGGCUUCCCAGGCCAACAUAGCCCAGGUGCUUGCAGAACUGAAGGAGUAUGCCACGGAAGUGGACGUGGAUUUCGUAAGGAAGGCGGUUCGAGCCAUCGGCCGCUGUGCCAUCAAGGUCGAGCAAUCGGCUGAGCGCUGUGUCAGCACCCUGCUGGACCUCAUCCAGACCAAAGUCAACUAUGUGGUGCAGGAGGCCAUUGUCGUCAUCAAGGACAUCUUCCGCAAGUAUCCCAACAAGUACGAGAGCGUGAUCGCCACCCUGUGCGAGAACCUGGACUCCUUGGAUGAGCCCGAGGCCCGGGCCGCCAUGAUCUGGAUUGUGGGGGAGUACGCUGAACGGAUCGACAACGCGGAUGAGCUCCUAGAGAGCUUCCUGGAGGGGUUCCAUGAUGAGAGCACCCAGGUUCAGCUACAGCUGCUGACAGCUAUCGUUAAGCUGUUUCUGAAGAAGCCCACGGAGACGCAGGAGCUGGUGCAGCAGGUGUUAAGCCUGGCUACUCAGGACUCGGACAACCCGGACCUGCGAGACCGUGGCUACAUCUACUGGCGUCUGCUCUCCACUGACCCGGUGGCUGCUAAGGAAGUGGUGCUGGCAGAGAAGCCCCUAAUCUCUGAGGAGACUGAUCUGAUAGAGCCGACGCUGCUGGACGAGCUCAUCUGUUACAUUGGGACGCUGGCCUCUGUCUACCACAAGCCUCCCAGCGCCUUUGUAGAAGGCAGCCGAGGGGUCGUGCACAAGAGUUUACCUCCACGAACAGGCUCAAGCGAGAGCGCAGAGAGCCCCGACACAGCCCCCUCGGGGGUUCAGGCGCCGGAGCAGCCAGCUGUCAUCCCCACUCAGGGCGACCUUCUGGGUGACCUGCUGAACCUGGACCUGGGUCCCCCAGUGAGCGGCCCCCCUAUGGCCACCUCCUCCGUGCAGAUGGGUGCUGUGGACCUCCUUGGAGGCGGCUUGGACAGCCUGAUGGGGGACGAGUCGGAAGGGCUGAGGAGUGAUGUGGGAGGCAGCCCUGCUAUGGGUGGCAGCAGCGGCUUUGCAGCGCCCAGCGCCGCGGCACCCGCGAACCUGGGGGCGCCCCUCGGCAGUGGCCUCGGAGACCUCUUUGACCUCACCGGGGGAGUGGGCACUCUGUCGGGAUCCUAUGUGGCACCCAAAACGGUCUGGCUCCCUGCCAUGAAGGCCAAGGGGCUGGAGAUCUCCGGGACAUUCAGCCGCCAGGUGGGCUCUAUCUCCAUGGACCUCGUGCUGACAAAUAAAGCCCUGCAGGUCAUGUCUGACUUUGCCAUCCAGUUCAACCGCAACAGCUUUGGCCUGGCCCCGGCAGCUCCUCUCCAAGUCCAUGCACCUCUCGCCCCCAACCAGUCAGUGGAGAUUUCUCUUCCCCUGAACACAGUUGGCUCCGUCAUGAAGAUGGAUCCCCUGAACAACCUUCAGGUCGCAGUGAAAAACAACAUUGAUGUGUUCUACUUCAGCACACUGUAUCCGCUGCACAUCCUCUUUGUGGAGGACGGGAAGAUGGAGCGGCAGAUGUUCCUGGCCACGUGGAAGGACAUUCCCAAUGAGAAUGAGGCCCAGUUCCAGAUCAAGGACUGUUCUCUCAAUGCAGAUGCCGUUAGCAGCAAGCUUCAAGGCAGCAACAUCUUCACCAUUGCCAAGAGGAACGUGGAGGGCCAAGACAUGCUCUACCAGUCUCUGAAGCUGACCAACGGGAUCUGGGUGCUGGCAGAGCUGCGGAUCCAGCCCAGCAAUCCCAGCUUCACGCUGUCUCUGAAAUGCCGAGCGCCCGAAGUGGCCCCGUACAUCUUCCAGGCCUAUGAAACCAUCCUGAAGAACUGACGGGCUGCUGCACCCCGUCCUCCUUGGCGCCCGAGGAAGCGGGGCAGGACCUGCGUGCAUGUUUCCUCUUUCUCCUUCCAAGGAACAACCAUGAGCAAGAUUUUUUUUCCCCCCAUCCCCCCACUCUGCUCCCCACCUUGGCCAUCGCCAUCAGGCCGCCGGUGCCCGAGAGCUCGAAACGGAGCCGACGCUCCCAUCGCGCUGGGCGCCGGGGAGGGUGGAGGAAGGCAGGGGCUUCCCAGGCGCUCGGGGCACGUCGGUAUGGGGAUCCCCGUGUGAGUAAUGCGGUGUCCUCCUUGCUGCCGUGGCCCCCGCAGGCGCCCUGUUUUCACCCUCGAGGCCCGCGUGAGCGCUUCGUUGCUGAGCGGCGCAGCCAGCGCGCGCAGGGCCUGGGGGAGAGGGCAGGACUGCUUGCGAAAAGCCCGUUCCCAUCUCACCCCUGCUUCCUCGGGCCCCUGGUGUGUCCCCCGGCCCAGCCCUGCAAAAACCUGCCUCUCCCUGGUGAUGGGUCUCAGACCUGAACACGCGUGGUAGCUGGUGAAGGAUUCAUCGCUCAUCUGCCCUGUCGGAACCAGCCGUGGCCUCAAGGGCCCUGGGGGGGGAGGGGUCCUGGAUGGAGAUCCUGGGGGAGCAGCACUGGGAGCCCCUGGGGGGUCGGGGAUGGACACCCUGACCCUCUCGUGGAGCUGCUCCUCAGGGUUUGGUGUACUCCUGCAUCAGCUGGAAGCUGCUUUGGCUUCUUCCUGCUGCUGGCCGCUUCCUGGCCUCUGCUUCUGGGGCAGAGCCCCCCCCCCACCAGCUCCACAUUUGCCCCAUCCAGCAGCCACAAGCUCUAGGGAGAGGGUCUUCCCCCAAAGGGGAGCAGAAAGGGCUCCAGGCCCUUGACUUUGCGCCUGUCACUUAGGUGUGCUUUAAAAAGGGCUUUCCAGGGAGGGCCCCCAAGCACGACUCGCGCGGACCUGGCUGCCCGGGGCUGGGGAGACGCCAUCGGCGGGGGAGCCGGGCUGGCUGCCUUCCUCCCGGGCACCGCGGCUUCCUCGCUGCCCAGUGUCACCCAUGAGCGCCGGAGAGGAUGGGACGCCUUCCCCAGCGGUGACACAAAUUGUGUGUCCCCUCCCCCCCCCAAAUAAAGCCAUUGAUCACCCCUGGAUAGACGUGUUCAGUGCAAGUUUUCAGCUCCCGCCAGUAAAUAGCUAAUAUAUAUAUAUUAUAAAUAUAUUGUAUGUUCACUUGUUUUAAAAGGACAUGGAAUAAAGGUGACAUCUGCCCAUGGA